AUGUCCCGUUACAAUGCAGGUUUCACUGCAACUCAUUCCUCGCGCCCCCCGCCACGGGCUCGAAGGCGUCUGCAUGCACAAGACUGUAUCGAAGAUCCCCACGCUGAUCUGUUUAGCCAGUAUUACCCUUUUGAGGCAUCGGGUCAGGGGGGAGGAGGGGAGGGGAGGGGUUGUUUGGAAGGUUCGGAAGAGCAACGAAGCCAUCUUAUAUUCUUCCGCCUGAGCAAGGGUCAGGGGAAAAAGGGGCAGGGGGAAAAGGGGGGCGGAACAGGGGCGGAGAGAGAGGGGCAAGCCACGGCGGAGGAGCAGAGAGGUACGGGAGUACUUGGGUACUUUGGACAUCCUCCAUAUUGGAUGCGGGCGACGCAGGAGCUUUCCUGGGAUGUCCUCUGUGCGUAUUAUUGUGACAGAGACGACGCAGAGCAGAGAACUAUUACCGGUAGUAAGGUACGGGAAGGGAGGCAAAACGCAGCGCAGGGACAGUGAUGGGCAGCGCGAUUGACGGUUUUCAUUUCGCUGACGAGCAUCAGCAUCAUCAUCAGCAUCAUCGAAACAUGUUGCAGGCAACGCAGACAAUACAGACGACAGAGGAGCGCGGGGCAUGACUCACGAAGCUUUCUUGCCACAAUCAUCGUGCGGCAGAAACGACGUCGUGCUGUUGCUGCUGGCGUUGCUGCUGCUCUCCCAGACUGGCG